AUGGGAGAGCAUUCUCAUAGCAGAUACGAAAAGUCUCUGGGUUUAUUAACAACGAAAUUUGUGGGUUUAUUAAAAAAAUCCAGUGGCGGUGUUUUAGAUUUAAAAGUCGCUGCCGAUUUGUUAGCUGUUAGGCAAAAAAGGAGAAUUUACGAUAUUACCAAUGUUUUAGAAGGAAUAGGAUUGAUAGAGAAGAAAAGUAAAAACAGUAUUCAAUGGAAGCCUUACACUUGCAAAUGCUUACCGGACUCAAACUCUCAAGAAUUUAAUCUUCGCAUAUCGGAUCUCAAACGGAAAAUUCACAAACUGAACGAGUACGAGCACGAAUUGGAUUUGCACAGAUUGUGGAUCGAGCAGAGCAUCCAAAACACAACGGAAGACCUAGAAAGUAGAAAACAUUUGUACGUUACAGACGACGAUUUCUCUCGAAACUUCGAUAACGAUGACACGGUCAUUGUUGUUAACACUCCCGUGAAUAAUAGCUCAAUAAGAUUCAAUAACACGACAGAUUCAUUCCAGUUAAAAUUUACUUCGAGUACCACUCCAAUUUACUCGUCUGUAUUAAGAGAUGUACCCGAAGACGAGCGGGAAAGUCAAAGGAAGCGAAAAAGGAAAUUGGACCCCUCGGAAAAUUCGAAUACAAACCAUUUCGAAAACGUGCACAAAGAUAGAAGCGACCCUGAUAUAGCGGCUGCUGAAAUUUUAUUCAAAAAACAUAAAGGUGCUUAUUGCAAUGCGUACAACCAAACGAUAAAUUCAAAUGAUAGUGAUGUAAGUUCGUUUAUACCAUUAAAUCCAAUACACUUAAGACACAACUACAGGUUCGCUCUUAAGGAAACAGAAGGUGCUACUGAUCUUUUCGAUGAAAUCCACUAUUCAAAUACUGUAACUUUAUAA